AUGUUACCACCCAGAAGUAGUUGCACAGGAUACGUCUGCGAUUGGCUCUCACAGCUCCCGAACGCUGAUGUGUUUGUAUCUUGCACGUCUAAAUGGCCCUUUUCGACCUCUCACCGCUCCAAGGGACACAAGCGCACUUACGAAGACUACAGCGAUAGUGCGCACUGCCCUCGAGAGGCACCAGAUGCGCUGACCCCGCCUGCAUCUUCGACUUCACUGGAGCUUAACAGGACCGCAGAUGUCUAUAUGAGCCCUGAAAGACUCGUUGAAUCUCGUUCAGACGCGAAUACCGACUCGCGAGAAAUCUUUUCGUUCUCUGCUAUGGACCCAGACCUCGAACACCAUCCCGCAACACCAUCUAAGCGACGUCGACUGCACGGCAGCCAGAUUGAUCCCCAUGCUACUCCCCGAGCCAUCUUUCCCGCUGAUUCGGCAUCGCAGUCCGGCAGCAGGGCCCCGUCUUCUCUUCAGUCCGCGUCCAGAAGCUCGUCUCCAUCUAAGCAAAUGAUGGCCUUGCAGCUCCACGAAUAUCCGCUCGAAAUUGCAUCUAUUGACUCCCUGGAGUCUGCGCCACAGCUAGCGCCCAAACUCACAGCCGUUCUUGCGGCUAUAGACGGUUUCGCCAAUGGUCAUGAUAUCAUCCCCGAAAGUCAUCGCUGCUACCUAUCCGGGCUGCUCUUCGGCAUUUCGGAUUAUAGCUUCUUCGAUGCCAGCAGAGGCCAGACACGACGUGGGCCAGUUCCCGACUAUCGAGACGUAGAUCAUAUUGUCAGUUGCUCACAGUUCUGCAUUCGGGAGCAGGUCGAUGAAGAUGGCUGGGGAGCGGAAGUUCAUCAUCGGGUAUUGUCCGCUGCAUUACGCCGACCGUAUGCCCCCAUCAAAGACGGACUUGUUAACUUCGCUAGCACGAAAACCGCUCCUCUUCAUGCAAAGCUCCUGAAGCGGAUGCAGACCCCUAGUCGGAUGGUGGACUACUGCAUGUACAUUGACACUGAGGUUGCGGGAAUUGAUGAUGCCUCAGUAUCCAAUGCAGUUAGACGCCUCCGCGCCCAGUCCGGCUAUAGCACCGUCAAUCACACCUCCUACUUCCAUUUACGCGACAACCCCGUGUCACUAAGCAUCGAGUCUAAGAGACCCGGUGGUAGUGUGGAUGAUGCGCAGCUCCAGAUGGGUAGCUGGCAUGCUGUUCAAUGGGCAUUUCUGGACGAAGCCACGGCAAAGACGGGUUCAAGUCUCCGAGACCUUCCGUUUCUUCCUGGGCUAAUCGUCCAGGGAGAGCAUUGGUACUUCGUUGCAACAACACGGGAGGGUAAGAAGACGAUCCUUUGGACUAAACUUGUGGUUGGAACCACAUCGAAUGUUCGGGGUGUGUACAAGAUCAUCCGGACGCUCCAAUACCUAGCAUGGUGGACGGAAACGGCUUACUGGCCAUGGUUCGCAUUAAACGUUCUCGAUCUGCGGAAGGGGCGAUCAGUUGUAGCAUCCACUAAUGCGAGCGGCGCAUUGUCCCAUGUAUCCACUAGCUAG